AAUAAGAUUUCUGUAGAUGGUUGUACAGUACCUAACUUGGAAACAUAAGAUUGUUAGAUUGUAUCUAAGUGCUAGGUAUUUGAUUGCCCAAUCGGUGUUUUCCAACAACGGUGGUUUUAGUGGAUUCGUACUGAACAGCAAUGCUCGUGAUAAUAGCCCGUCCUGGACCACUUACUAUCAGCUAAGCUCGCAGUUGAAGCCAAACUCACAUCAACCCUACACUCUCACUAUCGCCGAACAUCUGACCAAAGAUGCUGCAACCCAUCAACUCCGAGCACGACAGCCACUACCUGCACAGCCAGGCCCAAGCAAUCGAGUCUCUAGUAGCCGCCCGUGAUGACGGGAAACGGCACCUGCUUCUGGCGGCCUCCGGCUCCGUAGCCACCAUUAAAAUCCCCGUCAUCGUGCAGGCCCUUGCCCGCUACGAGGGCGAGCUCUCGAUCCGCAUCGUCCUGACUGAGUCGGCAUGCCAGUUUCUCAACGGCCAGAGCGAUGAGCAACCUACCGUGUCUUCAUUGCUGAACCUGCCCAACGUCGACGCCGUCUACCGGGACCAAGAUGAGUGGGCCCAGCCCUGGCGGCGGGGGGCGAGUAUCUUGCAUAUCGAGUUGCGAAGAUGGGCGGAUAUGCUCGUGGUAGCACCCUUGAGCGCAAACACCCUGGCUAAGGUGGUCAAUGGCAUGGCUGACAACCUGCUUACCUCGGUCAUCCGGGCCUGGGACACGGAUGCCAGCAUCGACAUGAAGAAGAAGAUUAUCCUCGUUGCUCCGGCCAUGAAUUCCGUAAUCGAACCUUGAACCCUUCCCAUUCACCGCUUACUUCCCCCAUCUCUUUCCCACAGACACCAGAUGAGCAGAACGCUGACUUACUUACCGCCGUGGUGUCCAGGCCAUGUGGAGAAACCCCAUCACCGACAAGCAGAUACGCGUGCUUACCGAAGACUGGGGGGUCAGGGAGGACCUGGGCAUGGCCGGCGGCGUGCGUCCGGUUACGGGCUGGUUUCAAGUUCUCA